AGCUCAAGGAGGAGCUGCGGAAGCAGAGCGAUCUCAAGGAGACGUACAAGGCCCGGCUGGAGAACGCGCAGCAGUACCUCCGGUUCUGCCUCGAGGUCGCCCAGGAGCACGGCUUCUUGCACCUCAUGUCCAACGACGAGGAGCGCCCGCCUCACAGGAGCGUCGACGAAGACGCGGAGGCCGCGACGGCGACCGACGACGAGGACGGGGACGAAGAACCGGAGUCGAUAGAAGCGCCGCCCCGCGACCCGUACUUGGCCGCCACGAGAGACCUCGCGGUGCAGCACGGCUGGUCCGUCGCACCGGACGAGAUCGAGCUGCACGAGACGAUAGGCCGAGGGACGACGGCGGAGAUACACCGGGCGACGUGGAGGGGGCUGGAGGUGGCGGUGAAGUGGAUCCGGCCGGAGCUCCUCCGCUCCAACCCGAGCGCCGAGGCCUUCUUCGCGCAGGAGCUGGACGUCCUCUCCCGGCAGCGGCACCCGCACGUGCUGCGGCUGAUGGGCGCGUGCCUGCGCCCGCCGGAGAGCUGCUUCCUGGUGACGGAGCUCCUCAGCGGCGCCACGCUGGUGGAGUGGCUGCACGGGGGCAAGGAGCGCCGCAGGAAGGAGCUGCCGCCGGCGCGGCCGCUGGCGCAGAGGGUGGGGAGGGCGCUGGAGGUCGCGCUGGCGAUGCGGCACCUCCACGAGCAGACGCCGCGGGUGCUGCACCGGGACCUGAAGCCCAGCAACGUGCUGCUGGACGCCGACUCGCGCGCGCGGGUCGCCGACUUCGGCCACGCCAGGUUCCUGCCGGACGGCGCGCAGGCGCUCACCGGCGAAACCGGUAAGACACCGGCACCGCUCGAUCGGACGUACGUGUACAUGGCGCCCGAGGUGAUCCGCUGCGAGCCGUACACGGAGAAGUGCGACGUGUACAGCUUCGGCGUGAUGCUCAACGAGCUCGUCACCGGGGAGCACCCGUACAUAGACACCAGCUACGGGCCUAGCAAGAUUGCGUUGGAGGUAGCGGAUGGAAAACUGAGGCCAAGGCUCCCGGAAGGCGACGCGGAUGCUGCUACUGGAGCCCUGGUUGAUCUCAUCUGCCGGGCGUGGUACGCGGAGCCUUCGAGGAGGCCUUCGUUUGCCGCCAUCACCGUGGCACUUCGAGGUAUCCAAGAGCAGCUGGUGUGACACGGUCGUACGUACGUGUAAUGCCCUGGCCCGUCAGUGGCCACGCAUGUGCUCUAAGCGGAGGAGUUGUACGGAUCUUUUUACCGGAGUUUUCUAAAUUUUAUUUUUGAAACAAUGAGCCUCCCCAUCGAUUUUCAUUGAAGAAACCACCAGAGUUCUUCAAAGUACGGUAAACGACCAAAAGCAAGGAAACUAAACCUGCAAACAUAAAUGUAAAAGUAACUACCGAAACCAUCUACCUCUCAAAAGAAAAAGAAAGAGUGAAUUCCGGUUUUUACGCCCUAUUUUGACAUUUUUAACACUAAUUAUCCCAUUUAGCCAAGUUUUAUCCGUUUU